AGAAGAAAAAGGAAAGCUAUUGGAUAGGACAAUACCCCGCAAAGACCCUUCAUUUCCUUUGCCCACUUUCUCUCUCGUUCUCUCUUUAUCUUCUCUCUCUUCUCCUGUUUGCUGUUAAUGUGGUGCUGGGCUUGCUUUUGGGUGGAGAACCUGAUGCCGUUGAUCCGUGAGUGGGUGGUGUUGUUUCUCUGCGUAGAAAGAUUAGAAAAUCAUCUCCUCCUCCUCCUCCACCUCCUCUCUCUGUCUCUCUCUGUCUCUCUCUCUUUCUUAUUUGAUUUUUCGGUGCUUUCUCCUUGGUGCGUUUGAAGAAGCUUUGAACACUCAGCUGCCAUCGUCAAAGCUUGCUUGCUCUCACUCUGUUGUUGUUGGCGUUCAUGAAGGGGCACCAUCAGAUCUGUUAAGGAGUGUUGUUGGGGAUUUGUGUCCUCCCUUUGAAUUAAUCUUGAGGGGUUUUCAGUGAGGUGCUAAAAUCCAUCUGUUAUGCUGGAAGCUAAGGAGAAGAACAAGCCCAGUUGCAGUUUAGCUCUUGGGCUACAGAUAUUGCAAGAGCCAGGGACCAAGGAGACGAGGCCAUCUUCAGAUGUUAUCGCCUGUAAACUCUUCAGAUCCCUCGUGUUCUUCUUAUAAGGUUUCAGGAUUCAGAGCUGAUGAGAGGGAUUCUGACCAGCUUCCACUUCAGGAGGCAGAUCCCGUCGUAAGAUUUGGUGAGGCACGGACUAGCAAUUUCUCCAUCAGAGACCAUGUAUUUGCGUUAAGAAAUAAAAGCAUCGGCAAAAGUUGGCCAUUUCCUAGCCAGUUAUUGCAACUUUGCCUGAAACAUGGCAUCCGAGAUUUACUGCCACCUUUUGAACCUCCCAAUUCUGUAAGAGCUCAUUGUCUCGUAAGCUCAGUAUCAGAAGCUGAAAAGGUUGCAAUCAGUUCAUCACAGGUUAGCGAAGAAACUGCACCGCUAGUGGAUGGAGAGCCUAGUUCAACCCGAACUGACCACUUGUGCUCAACAUCAGACCAGAAUGAUCUUCUAAGGUGUUCAGAUAAAGCUGAAGUCGGAUGUUUGUGCGAGCAGGAUAAAUAUGAUCAUAACUUGGUAAAUGACGUUUGUGAAAUUGGCUCAUCGGUGACAAACCUCUGUGAUAUAGAGAUAAUCUCAGCUCCCAUAGGUGAACCAGUGCUAAACAAGUGCAGGCUGAUACCUGAAACAAUCCAAUCGGAAGAAACAUCUAUUACUUCUACCGCAUCUGAUAUCAUGGCAUCAAAGGUUUGCCCUGUGUGCAAGGCAUUUUCUUCCUCCUCAAACACAACUUUAAACGCUCAUAUGGAUCAGUGUCUUUCCAUGGAGUCUGACGCUACUCUGGCUGUGGACAAACUGCCAAAGCUCAAGUUGAAGCCUAGGAAGAAAAGACUGAUGGAGGAUAUUUAUGCUACUGCUCCCAGCUGCACACUGGAAGAUCUCGAUAGGAGGAAUGGUAGAACCUGGGCAACUAAUUUGUCUGUGGUGGCAUCGUCUCCUGAGGUUAAUUUGGAGCCUAAGAAGCCAAAGUUGCCGCCUUUAGAACCUAGAAAUGAGGAGACUGAAGGAGCUGUGUAUGUUGAUUCCAAUGGAAUUAAGCUUCGGAUCUUGUCCAAGUUCAAUGAUGCUCCCCAAGUUUUAUCGAGAGAAGAUUUCAGGCCAAGGAGGAACAUCAAAAGUGUUCAAGAAGAAAAUAUCAUUUUAAUCAAAAAAAAGAAAAAAAUUACCUCCACAUAUUCAAAGAAAAUGAGGUUAAAAAUGAGGAACAAGAAAUUAAGCUCCUUCAGUCUAUUCAAAAAUGAGGUCCAAGCAGAACCUAAAGUGGUUCCUCGUGAAGAAUCUCAUCAAGAGGACGAAGGAUCGCCUGUUCAAUUAUCAGGUGAAGCAGAUCAAAGUCUUAAUUGUGGAUCGGCGACCUUAAAAAACUGGCCGAGCUCAAAACGUUCAGAUCUUCCCAAAAAAGUAGGCAAGAAAAACUUCCAUAAAAUCUUGGAGCAUCCCAAACCAGAUACUCAGAAGCAAAUGUUGGAGACAAGGAAACCAGCAUCAAAUGUCCCUUCGGGUUCAAAAAUCCAUUUUGGAAAACUCUAUCAAUCAUUAGAAGCCAAAACAGUGGACUGCAGUUCAAAUCCUAUUCAAAACAAGGAAAAUCAGGAGAAAAGUCCUCGAACAUGGCCAUCAGAAGCUACUUCAGCUAAUGUUCUCCUGAAACUGUCGAAAGCAUCGGGUUCUUCGUUGUCAUCACCAAGAAGCACUAGUGAGGCAGAAUUUUAUGUGGGGAGAAAAGAGAAGUCUCAUACUUCUCCUAAAACACACAAGAAGAGGUCAGCUGAUCAGACCUAUCUUGUUCCUAUGAAAACCAAAAGAGUUUCAACAUUGGGCGAAUCAAACUCUAGCACCAUCAAGUUCCGCAAGCAUCGUUCAUUACUUACGUGGACUGAUCGGAGGAUAGGAGAGUUUUCCUCUGAUGGCAAUCCAAGGCAGCAUGGAUCUGCUAAACCUUCCUUCCCUGGACAAGAAGAGGUCACUAAGCAACUCUUAAAUCCAGUAGGCACUCAGUGCCAGGAUAUCCAAACAAGAAAUUCUGAAAUUCAAGUUGAUCAGAAUGUUAACAAGGAUUCUUUAUUGGAAGAUGCUGAUGCUAGUUGCAUCAUACCUACUCCAUUAAUCAGUAAAGAUCAAGACUUUCAGCUCAACAUGAACCGAAAAAUGAAGCUGACAAUGCUGAUCGAAGAAAAGGAAAUGCCACUGCCACGGAAAUAUCUUGACAAACAAGAUAAAGCAGCACCAGAAAAACUAGAAAUUGGAGGUGUGGAAUCUCAAGCUAAGGCUACAUCUAGUGCUUGUUUAACUAGUCAUGGAGAUCUAAGAAUAGAUAUCCCAAGGGCGAACUCUCCAAUAGCCUUGGAUGCUUCAGCUCCAAAUCAAGAGCCUAUAUUGGUUGGUUGUAGAGAGCCAUCUAUUUCUCCUGCUUCGAGCGCCUCUACCAUCUCUCCAAAUGAUCACCAUUCAAAAGCUUCAGUGCUUUCAACCACACAUGGUAAGUCAGGUUCCCCACUGCCAUUGAUGGCAGCGAUCGAAAUAAAUCGAGCAAUCGGCAUUGAGAGAAAUGAGAAAGUUGAGCUGGAUUCUACUGUGAAGAAACUUCAGCAUCCUACAGAUUAUCAUCCUUGUUGCUGCUCCUGGCAAAGCUUCAUGGCUGGAGACAUGACACCCACAAAACAGAAACUACCUCCUAAUGUCCAUAUCAGGCCAAGCAACUCCUACUAUGCUCAUACACCAUCCCUUGAAUCGCCUACUGAAUCAAUUCUAACAAGAGCUUUCAGUGAUGUUGGCUCAACGAGCCCAUCAAGUGGAACACCAACACAGUCUAGCUCCAAUUCCAUCCUUAGAUUAAUGGGAAAGGAUUUGAUGGUGGUGCACAAUGAAGAUUCUGCUCAGCUUCCAAAGAUCCAGUCUCCAGCCACAGAUAACUCCAAUGCUCAGGCCUUGCCUUCACCAUUGGGUUUUACUUCAUAUUCCGUUGUUCCAAACCACGAUACAUUCUCUUUCGCGGCUUGUAAUCAGUCUCCAUCAAUGAUGGGUUUGCAGACACACUACUGUUUACCAAGUUUUCACCAAAGAAAUGUGAACCAUGGAGGAGCCUGCACGAGGAAGGAGGUGAUUAUGAUUGAUGACUCGGAUGAAGCUUUUGCACCAAGAGAUGCUUCAUCACAUGUUCCAGUCUCACAUCCUAUGUUUCAGAGGCCAUACAGUUACUUUCCACCACAUGGCCAGCAGUUACCCAAAGAUAAUGGAAUUCGGCUGACUAAUCCAACCAGCCAUGGAGGCUCAGUUUCAGCUCCUCAUUUGGCAAGACCUUUUGUGUUUCAAUCUCCUGCAGCAACUCACUUGAAUUCUCCUUUCUAUUACCCACAGUCUCUGAGGUGAUGGAGUCUAGCAGAGAAUGGAGAAGAAUAACUACAGAAGGAUUUAGGAGGAAUAUAUAGCAUAUUUUCAAAAUUGAUCUUUGCCGUAGUUUGGUGUUGUAAUGACUUGGCUGGUAACUUCUGCAUAAACUUGCAGUUUAAGCUAUUCUCAGAGUAUAUUCAGAGUUUUUUUUUUUUUUUUUUUUUUUUUUUUUUUUUUGAGAGAGAGAGAGAGAGAUAAGGAAAAUGAUAAUCUUGGUCUUCUAUGUAGCUUUAAAAUAAACUAUGAAUCCUAAUGCAUUUAUCAGUCAAAAU